AUGGCCUCUGUCAAGAAAGCAGCUGAGAAGCGGCAUAACCCGGUGCAAAGCAUCUGUAGGAAAAUCCAAGCCAUCCAAAAGAGAGAAGAGAGUACAAGUCCCAUCCGACAGAUUAUCAGAUACCAAUCUAGCAAGUUUGACAGUCCACAGACUAACCCCAAGAAGGACUUUGAAGAGGUACUGAAGAAAAUGAUGACUGUUGCCAUUCCUCUGCCCGAUCCUCGCUCCUCAAGCCCUGAGAAAGUUGGUGCCUUUACUUCACAUCCUCAACGAGCAUCUCCAAGAACCCCAUCCAUCUCUCAUCUCAGCUCUCCUGAGUAUGCCACAUAUUCUCUUAUCCUCACAAGCUCGGAAGACAUCUCAAGGCCUAGAUCACAGAGCUCCCAGAAUUACACAUCUUUGAUACCGCAGAUCAGAAAAAGGGAACUCUUCUCUAACAAGGAUUUGAAAAACUGUGGUAGUGAAAAUGAUUUUAGUGCCUUAACCCUUGACUUUGAUUCCACCUCUAAUCAGAGCUCUGAAUUUUUUACUCCUCAGGAUUCAGUGGUGAAAAAAUUAUCUCUGAAUGAAGAGGGGUGGAAACAAGGAACUGAUGAUGGCAAGGAAGAUGUAACCUAUAGCAAUAACAGGACCUGUGAAGAGGAGUUGCUUACAAGUAUUUUUAAUGCAUGUGACACCAAAUGCAGAGGCUCAGUCAGAGUUACCAAAGUAAUAGAUUACCUGAGACAAACAACUAGUCAAGGUUCUGAAGAUGGUAGCCUUGAGGAGCUGUGGAACAGGCUCGAUCCUGAAAAGAGAGACAUGCAUGUGAAUCUGGAAACCUUCCAGGCCAUCAUGAGAGAAUGGAUAGCUCACUGCAGAAACAAAUGGGAAGGAGUGAAUAAUGGAUCAAGCAGCAGAACGGGUAAUUCUGCUUUGGAACAGGACAGCAGAAAGUCAGGUGGAGCGAUUAAGAUGACCACAGAUAUAACAGAGUCUGUAUCACGGAGCUUUGAGGCUUUGGGUGGAGACAUGUUUAAAGGAGUCUUAGAGGUGCCUGAUUUGAUUACCUGUGUAGCAGACCUGCAUUUCAACAAGCAGAAAUUGGAGGAGGAAAAUAAUAAGCUUAAAUUGGCAUUAGAAAGCUUAGAAGACGCUAACAGCCAGUUAUCAGAGGACUGUACUGAAUUGCGCCUUCAGAUAAAAAGUGCCCACCAGGCUAUUAUAAGAACAAAUCUGUUAAGAGAAGAACUGGAGGAACUGAAAAUUAGUAUGAACGCUUCAGAAGAGCAGAAGACCAUGAUUGUAGCCCAGAACAAACAAUUAGAGGCAGAAAACCGGGCUCUGAUUCUUAAGAUUCGGAUUCUCCAAGAAGAGAAUGCUAAGAACAGUAUGGAUAUAUAUAAAUUGGAAAAGAAGAUUGAGGAAUUGUCUAAAACUGAGAAACACCAUCAAAUGCAGUUACACACAUAUGAGAACACUUUGCUUAAUAAAGAUGCAAGUUUGCAGAAGAAGGAUUUAAGUAUAGAAGAACUUAAGUCAACCAUCAUAGAAUAUGAAAACGUUAUAGAGAACUUACGAGGGGAGAAAAACAAACUGGCUCAUGAGUUACAGCACUUGCAACAGGAACUCAUCGUGAAUGGAAUCCAGUUGAAUGUCAGUGGAGAGCAUAAGACUGUCAACUCUGAAGGAGAAAAAUCUCUACAUUGUGAACUCUUUCUUGCUCAGUCUGCAGAGAACAAUGAAACCAAGUGGCAGUGCAAUUUAAUCAGCUUGUCAUCUCUGGACACAAUGAUGGACCAAGAAAUGCUGCUGUUACUGAGAGAACUUGAACAAAAGGGAGUGGAGUUCACAGCUAUGCUUCAGAAGCUGCAUGAAGAUGUUCCUGAAGUUGAAACACUCAUUGAUCGUUCUCUACAGUGCGUAACUAGGGCAACUAAUCCAGAAAUUACUGUGAAAGAAAAGUGGGAGAACAAGCUUACUGAAUUCAAAUAUAUCAAGGAAGAGAAGCUAAACCUUUGUAUAUUAAUGCUGAACAGCUUGAGAAACCACAAAGAAUCCCUUGAUAAAGAGUUUGCCGAAUUGAGAGAGAUUCUGAAGAGAUUCAGGCUGGAAUAUUUUUAUUUCAGAAAAGAAUUUCUUCCCAGGCAGAAACAACUAGAAGCGAUCACACAACUGCAAGAGGAUGCUGUCAACCAGGAAGCCAUCCUCAGGAAGAAGGUCCAAGAAGCCAGCCAAUGGUUGGAGGGGGCAGCGGAGCAGGUGGAGGAUGGAGAUCAGGCAGCCCACUCUGCCAGGGAAAAAGCUAAGCCUUUGCUGCGUAAAUUAGAGGAAGCAAUUUCGGAUCAACGAAAUCUCCAGACUAUAAAUACUGAGUUAGUGAACACUUGCCAGACACUUGAGCAGAAGACAAGAAAACCGAAAACAACAAUUGAGUCACUAAGAAAGAAGUUAAUUAAAGGACAACUCCACGGCUUGCUGUUUCAGAGCUGUUUAGAUGAGGAAUUUCCUCACUACGAUCCCUUGUCCUGCACGGAUAGAAUUCACCAACCUCUCCAGGAACAGUUGAAGCAGUGUUGCCAUAAACGAUAUAGUGGUCAAGAAGCAAGAAUACAUCAGCUACCCCUGACCUUCAGACAUACCUGCUGGUACACACCUCUGCUGGAUGCCUUGUAUCUGGAGAGUCUUACAGCAAUUCCAAGACUAGAAUUGACACCUUUCUCAUGUGUAGCCAACCGAAUCCAUGCUUCACGUGAAAGGCCCAAAUAUGGAGAAGUAGAGGAAGGUGCUUUGGAUGUGACUGGAAGGCACAAGUGUCCAGGCCCUACAGGUGGUCCCCACCCAGGAACAGAUCUUUCAGGUUGCAUCAGGAUGAAUAAUGACCUAAGUAUGGAAGAGAAUGGUGUUGAACGCUUAUAUUCUGAGAGCCUGCCACAGUCCAGGGAAUAUUCCACCCUACCAUCUCCUGGACACACUUCAUCCACAGAGAGUACUGUAACUUCAAGUGAUUCUGGAUCAGAAAUUUUGCAUAUGGCUUCUGGUGUCAUUGAUUGUAAACCACUCUGUGAGAAAGAGGAGGAUAAAAGAUCAACUUCUGCUGUGAAGAAGAUCAAAGGUGGAAGUCCAGCUCCUGAAAAUAUUGCACUCCAAGGCUCUGUGAAUGAAGAAAAAAUCAUGUCAAAUCAGGAAGCCAAAGGGGAACCAGAAACAAUAAAUGAGCACAGAAAAGAAUGUGUGGCAGGAGGCACUGCUGUUUCCUCUCUUCCUGUGAAGUCAGUUAACUUUAGACAAAGUGACAACACUUCUGCUAAUGAGAAGGAGGUGGAGGCCGAAUUUCUCAGGUUAUCUUUGGGAUUUAAAUGCGACUGGUUCACCUUGGAGAAAAGAGUGAAGCUUGAAGAAAGAUCCCGUGACUUGGCAGAAGAAAAUUUGAAGAAAGAAAUUACUAACUGUUUAAAACUGUUAGAGUCUUUAACACCUCUUUGUGAAGAUGACAGCCAAGCCCAGGAAAUCAUUAAGAAGCUGGAGAAAAGUGUAACAUUCCUCAGUCAGUGCACAGCUCGAGUGGCCAGUAGGGCUGAGAUGUUGGGAGCCAUUAAUCAGGAAAGCCGGGUUAGUAAAGCCGUCGAAGUGAUGAUUCAGCAUGUAGAAAAUCUGAAGAGAAUGUAUGCCAAAGAACAUGCUGAAUUAGAAGAACUAAAACAGGUUCUUUUGCAAAAUGAAAGGACUUUUAACCCUCUUGAAGAUGAAGGUGACUGCCAAAUUAAAAAACGUUCAGCUUCUCUAAACUCUAAGCCAUCUUCUCUUCGAAGAGUGACCAUUGCCUCUUUGCCCAGAAAUAUUGGAAAUGCAGGAAUGGUGGCUGGGAUGGAAAAUAAUGACCGAUUCAGUAGGAGGUCAAGCAGUUGGCGUAUUUUGGGGUCAAAGCAGAGUGAACACCGUCCCUCAUUACAUCGAUUUAUUAGCACCUAUUCCUGGGCAGAUGCUGAAGAAGAAAAAUGUGAACUGAAAACUAAAGAUGACUCAGAACCACCUGAAGAAGAAACAGUAGAAAGGACAAGAAAGCCAAGUCUUUCUGAAAAGAAAAAUAAUCCUUCAAAAUGGGAUGUCUUUUCAAUUUAUAACACAAUAGCUUCCUGGGCAACGAAUCUCAAGACUUCCAUCAGAGAGGCCAGUAAGGCACUCUGGCUUUCUGUCGCGUUCAUUGUACUAUUCGCGGCAUUGAUGAGCUUCUUCACAGGCCGAUUUUUCCAGAAGUCUGUGGAUGCUGCUCCCACACAGGACGGGGACUCCUGGAUGUCUCUAGAACAUAUCUUGUGGCCAUUUACCAGACUCCAACACAAUGGGCCACCGCCAGUGUGACUGCAGCACAUCCUAAUGUGCUAAUGCUAAUCUUGAUUUUUAAAGUUUCAGUAUCUGAACUUUGUAAAUUAGUAGCUUUUAGCUGGGAAAUUAUAGCAUGGAACCAGAGGUUCUCAGAAUGACUGUAAGAUAUUUUAUAUUCCCUCUUUUUGUGAUUACCUUCCUAACUAAAAUACAAUGGGGAGGAAGCCCACCUAUAUGAUUUUUUUUAAUGAGCUUUUUGAGGAGGAGAUAUUAUUGUUUGUUAAAAUUUAUUGAAAUAAAGAACCAUUCAAAUUUUCAUACAGUGAAUGUUGGAAGUCUCAGUAGGUCACAUAUGCAUAAGGAAAAAAACCCUAAUUCUUAGAAAGUAAAAUUUGAGUGUAAAAUGCUGAUUAGAUCAUUUUAACAGCCUAUUUGGCAUAUAUCCACUCAUUACACUUUAUUGUAGAAAUACCGGAUUUUUCUCCAAGUUGCUUCAUUCUUCAUACUGAAUAAAAUUUAUCAGUGGGGAUUAAGAAUAGCUGAGUAAUCUAGUUGAGAGUAGCAUGUGGCAUACAGAGUCAACAAACUGGCAGCUGGAACACCUAACUUUCUUCAUUGCUUCUUUAGAAGCAAAAUCCUUAACCAUGUGAUAUAAAGUAGAAUGAAACUCAGUUUCUUCUUUAAGGGCUUCAGAGAAUGCAUCACUGGAUUCAUUGAUUUUGAGGCUUUGUGCCCUGUCACCAUUAAACAUUAAAAGGGUCCAAUUAGGAUUCUGAAUGGGUUCUUCUUUAGGAAGGUGUUCCCUCACCUAAAGAAAAAGAAAGAAAAAUAUGUUAAUAGUUCCUCUUUUAUUGGGUAUUUUGACAGUAGAGUAUUUUAUUUGAAGGGCUCAGUUGAGUUCCCUGAAUUGCUAAGAUAAAAAGAAACAGUCUUAAUGUCCCAUUUUUUUUAAAGCAUGAAACUGUUUAUAUCUUGGUGUUUAUGGAACUUAUCAAAAUGUAUUAAUUCCUUAAAAAUAUUUAUUGAAUGGCUUCAAGUGUCAGGUACUCUUCUAGGUGCUGGGGAUAAAACAACAACAAAGAAAAAAUAACUAAACGUAUUAAUAAGUAACAACUGCAACAAUAAAAACCUUGUCUUCAAGGAGCUUAUAUUGUAAUAGGAGAAACACACAAUAAACAAGAUAAAUAAAUAUGGUGGCUCAUUUAUGCUAAAAUGUUCAUCAGUCAUCGUGUAGAAUUUGAUAAGAUACACUCUUUAUCAGGCAGUAGGAAAUGUGCCAGAAAGUUAAACUGGAGGCCUAACCCUCUCAGAGGAGAAAGUCUGUGAAUCAUAGAUGAUAUAUUCACGUGAAAGGCUGACAUUUGUUCUUCAGUUGAUGUAAAGAGAGAUAAGGUCUCUAAGCCUGAAAUCAAGAGCAUUUGAUACCAUAAUGGACAAUGAAAGUAUAACCUUUUUACAUCGUUUGGUUUUAUUUAUUUAUUUUUUUUGUGCGGUACUUGGGCGUCUCACUGUUGUGGCCUCUCCCGUUGCGGAGCACAGGCUCUGGACGCGCAGGCUCAGCGGCCAUAGCUCACGGGCCCAGCCGCUCCGCGGCAUGCGGGAUCUUCCCGGACCGGGGCACGAUCCUGCGUCCCCUGCAUCGGCAGGCGGACUCUCAACCACUGCGCCACCAGGGAAGCCCUGGUUUUAUAUUUUUGACAAAAUUAAAGAAAAUGAAGUUGUAAAACUCCAUUUUGAAUGUUAAUCUUUUUCACCUUUUUAAAAGGAGAAACCAUGGUCUACAUUCAUUUAGCUUUUGAGUAUCUUCUUUUGGAGCACAAAAUAGUUUAAUGGGGUUUUUGCAUACUAUACCUGAAAUACAACUUUGUCAGAAUUGCAUACUGUAUUCCACUUGCUCCAACCAAACGCAAAAGCAGAACUUAACAGGGCCAUUUGUCGAUAAGCUUUCACUUCUACCAAAGGAAGCUGUCAAUAUACAAACAAAUAGAGUUGAUCGUAGAGCCUCUCUAGUCUCCCUUCCAUCCUUGGCCCCCUACAGUCUGGUCUGGUCUCAACACAGAUCCAUUUAAAUGUAAGUCAGCUGAAGUUAAUCAGACAGAGAAGACAAAUAUCAUAUGAUAUCACUUAUAAGUGGAAUCUAAAAAAAUGGUACAAAUGAACUUACUUACCAAACAGAAAUAGAAUCACAGAUGUAGAAAACAAAAUUAUGGUUAACAAGGGAGGAAAAGUGGGGGGGAGGGAUAAACUGGGAGAUUGGGAUUGACAUAUACAUACUACUAUAUAUAAAAUAGAUAACUAAUAAGGACCUACUGUACAGCACAGGGAACUCUACUCAAUACUCUGUAAUGGCCUAUAUGGAAAAAGAAUCUAAAAAAGAGUGAAUAUAUGUAUAUAUGUAUAACUGACUCACUUUGCCGUAGAGCAGAAACACAACAUUGUAAAUCAACUAUAAUCCAAUAAAAAAUUUUAAAAACUAUUAAAAAAUAAAUUAAAAUUCAAAUAUUAAAAAAAUAAAAUGUAAGAUUACAUGACUUCUUUCUCAAAACGGGGCAAUGGCUUCCCUUUUCAGAGUAGAAUCCAAAGUCCUAACAGUGCUCCACAAGGGCCUCUGUGGUCUGACAUCCCCUGUACACCCCAUUAUCUCUCUGACCUUAUCCCCUGUUCUUCUCCCUUUGCUCUCUCGGCACCCCGGCCUCCUUGCUGUCCCUCCCAUCCUCAAACACAUCAGGCCACACCCUCUGGGCUCUUUCCCCAGGUCUUCUCUCCACCUGGAAGCUGAUAUCCUUCCAGAGAUAUCAACUUGGCUAAAUUCCCCACCUUGAAGCGUUGCUCAAAUCUUGUCUCCUUAUUGAACCCCUCUCCCCCUACACCCUAUUUGGUAUUGUAACUUUCCUUUUCCAUACCACUUGGCACCUUUUGACAUAUAAGAUAAUUUUGUUUAUUAUGUUUGUUGUUUAUUUUUGCCUCCCUCAACUAGAAUGUAAGCUCCACAAGGGCAGGGACCUGUGUUUUAUUCACUCUUUCCUAAGCAUCUAAAACAAUGUCUAGAAUAUAGGUGUUCAGAAAAAAAAAAGUCUUGAGUAUAAUAUUCUGAAAAGAUGACUAGUAUAUGACAUUCAGCAUUUGUAGAGUAACUGGCAAUUUGAGUUACUAAAACUAAGGUUGGUUUUUUUUCCCUACGCAUAUAUGUAUGCACUCUUAUUGACAGGAUUAUUUUCAAGUGUUGUGUCUACCUAUAUUGCCAUUUUCUGGUAUAUUAUAAACUUGUUCUUGAGUAUAGAACUCUUCUGCCCAAAACACCUUUCAUGAUUAGAAGCCACUCUGUCUCCAUUCAUGCAUCAUAAAUAUUUGCUAAACAUCUAUUGUAUUCUAGGAAUAGGCUUGGUGCUAGAAGAAUCAAAGCUGAUUAAGAAACGGCCACCCCCCUCAAGGAGCUUGCAGUUUAACAUGGAAGGAUCUCAUUUAACUAAACUUAUGCGUCAUAUGAAGCUGUACGUAGACAGGGAGGCUCUGUCGAGAAAUAGAAGGAAGUGGGUUUGGUGGUCCUUGUAUGUCUAAUUUUGCCUGACUUAUCAUAUUUGGGAAACUGCUGAGUCAUUUACUCUUUUAAGAAAUCUUACAUGUAUCCAGUCUGGAAGGAGAAAGAAAGCAUAGGAAAUGCGAAGUUGCUCAGACUCUACCUUUGCACUAAACUGACCAGCUGUGGUUACGCUCCAUGUGUCAUUAUGAAGAUCAUACAAUAGAUUAUUAAAUUUGAGAGAACUCUGGAUUUCUGGUCAUGCUAUUUAUUCCUUCCUUUCUAACUAUAAUCUUAUAUAAGUG